AUGGCUGCGCGGGCUUCUCGGGGCGGCGCUGGUGGACCCUUGUUUCCCUCGCGCGCGCGGAGGCGCCGCCAAGGAAGCGGCGCGCGGAGGCGCCGCCAGGGGCCGACCCGGGAAGACCUUCGGGAGCCUGCCGAAGGGCUGUGCCCUUGCUCCGUUUUCUGCUCUUCUGGCAUCGCCCACGAGGAGGCGCACUCGGAGCCCGUCAGCCGCCUUCGAUUCCAUCCGCGGCGGGCUGGCGAGCUGCUGUCGGCCGGGGACGACGGCCUGCUCUGCGCGCUGGACUGCCGGAGAUGCGAAGCAGGGCGGUAA